CUCAGUGACGUGUGCUCCGACCCUUUAGGAAACACUUCUCUGAGUGAAGCUUAGGUUGCCCACCAGUUGCCAAUCAAAAUCUGUUUGAAUCUGCCAGCGACCUCGAAGCCCCCCCAAUUCGAGUUGUCAGCCCUUCCAGGUGGAGCCAAUGUCUGAGCUAAGCAGGAUGGGAGGGGCUGGACUCAGGACUUAGCGGGAAGCGGGGAGGGCUGGGACCAGGACAGCUCUGUGGCACUCUGCUUUUCUGUCAGCCCCGGAGGCUCCCUCUGCCUGAGGGCUCAGCCCCCUGCUGCCUGGCCCUGACCUGCAAGAUAACACAGAUAAGGCUCAGGGAACAGGAGCAAAAGGCAGGGCCGCCCGGAAGCCCAUCCACCAAUCCUCAUUUCUCACCUCUGUGUCCAGCCCAAGGGGAAAUGUUCCAGGCUCUGGCCAAGGCCAGUGCAGCCCUGGGUCCCAGAGCAGCAGGUUGGGUGAGGACUAUGGCGUCGCACCAGCUGCUGGUGGCACCCCCCAAGGCCCUGCUCAAGCCCCUGUCCAUCCCCACCCGGCUCCUGCUAGGGCCCGGCCCCUCCAACCUGCCUCCUCGAACCAUGGCGGCCGGGGGGCUGCAGAUGCUCGGGCACAUGCACAAGGAGACAUACCAGAUCAUGGACGAGAUCAAGGAAGGCAUCCAGUACGUGUUCCAGACCAGGAACCCGCUCACACUGGUCAUCAGUGGCUCGGGACACUGUGCCCUGGAGGCUGCCCUGAUCAACGUGCUGGAGCCUGGCGACUCCUUCCUGGUCGGGGUCAAUGGCAUCUGGGGGCAGCGAGCCGCAGACAUCGGGGAGCGCCUUGGAGCACGAGUGCACCCGAUGACCAAGGACCCUGGAGGUCACUACACACUGCAGGAGGUGGAGGAGGGCCUGGCCCAGCACAAGCCAGUGCUGCUAUUCUUGACCCACGGGGAGUCGUCCAGCGGCGUGCUGCAGCCCCUUGACGGCUUUGGGGAGCUCUGCCACAGGUACAAGUGCCUGCUCCUGGUGGACUCGGUGGCAUCCCUGGGCGGGGCUCCUCUGUACAUGGACCAGCAAGGCAUUGACAUCUUGUACUCGGGUUCCCAGAAGGUUCUGAACGCACCUCCAGGGACCUCGUUACUCUCCUUCAGUGACACUGCCAAGAACAAGAUCUACUCCCGCAAGACAAAGCCGUCCUCUUUCUACCUGGACGUCAAGUACCUGGCCAACCUCUGGGGCUGUGACGGCCAGCCCAGGAUGUACCAUCACACGACCCCUGUCGUCAGCCUGUACAGCCUGAGAGAGGGCCUGGCCCUCCUUUCGGAGCAGGGCCUGGAGAACAGCUGGCGCAAGCACCGUGAGGCCGCAGCGUACUUGCAUGGGCGCCUACAGGCUCUGGGGCUGCGGCUCUUCGUGAAGGACCCGGCGCUGCGGCUGCCCACGGUCACCACUGUGGCUGUGCCCACCGGCUACUACUGGAGGGACAUUGUCAGUUACCUCAUAGAGCGAUUUGGCAUCGAGAUCACCGGUGGCCUUGGGCCCUCCACGGGGAAGGUGCUGCGGAUCGGGCUGAUGGGCUGCAAUGCCACCCGAGAGAAUGUGGACCUCGUGACAGAGGCCCUGAGGGAGGCCCUGCAGCACUGCCCCAAAAAGAAGCUAUGACCUGUCUGCUGGCACACACCUGGCCCACACCCCCCCCCGAGGGGUCAGGACGAAGCUGUGACCUGUCUGUUGGCACACACCUGGCCCACACCCCCCCCGAGGGGUCAGGAGGAAGCUGUGACCUGUCUGCUGGCACACACCUGGCCAACGCCCCCCGAGGGGUCAGGAGGAAGGUGUGACCUAUCUGCGGGCACACACCUGGCCCACAACCCCCCCCCAGGGGUCAGGAGGAAGCUGUGCCCUGCCUGCUGGCACACACCUGGCUCAUGCCCCCCUGAGGGGUCAGGACGAAGCUGUGACCUGCCUGCUGGCACACACCUGGCCAUGCCCCCCUGAGGGGUCAGGAGGAAGGUGUGACCUGUCUGCGGGCACACACCUGGCUCAUGCCUCCCCCGAGGGGUCAGGAGGAAGGUGUGACCUGUCUGCUGGCACACACCUGGCCACGCCCCCCUGAGGGGUCAGGAGGAAGGUGUGACCUGUCUGCUGGCACACACCUGGCCACGCCCCCCUGAGGGGUCAGGAGGAAGGUGUGACCUGUCUGCUGGCACACACCUGGCUCAUGCCCCCCCGAGGGGUCAGGAUGAUCAGGAGCAAACAGACCCUGCAAGGUCCCCCAGGCCUGGGGGCAGGAAAGCUACUGACCCCACCUGAAAGGCAGGAUCAGGCAGCCUCCCAGCCCCAGCCAGCCCUUUUCCCUCCAGUGGGCCCUCCUGGAAACAGCCCACUUGGGCGCAAGACCCAGCACCUUCCAAAUGAGCCACAGUCCCCCAGGCCGUGAGCCCUCCAGGAAUGUGAAUAAACAGCCUGGCCGCUCUCCUCA